AUGAAUUGCACGGAACAUCCUGAAUACGCCUUCAGCUACGGAGUAAAAGAUCUUCACACGGGCGAUGUCAAAUCACAAUGGGAAUCCCGAGACAACGGCAUCAUCAAAGGACGCUACAGCAUUUUGGAGCCAGAUGGGUCAAUCCGAACAGUUGACUACACAGCAGAUUCUAAAAAUGGAUUCAAUGCAGUUGUCAAAACUCAUGGACCAAACAUACAUCCCAUCAUGGAAACCGCACACUCCGGUGUAAUACACCCCAAUCAUGAAUUAUCCCAUUCCAAAAUCAACCACUACGGCAAAAAUCAAGACCAUAUUCUUCUCACCUCAAAUUUACAGCUAGCUGAAGAAAUUUCAAAAGAUGUGGAAGACACACAACCCGAAAUUGAAGUUAAGCAGUCAGUAGAGCCUGAAAUACAAUAUGGCCAAAAUGUAGAACAGCCAGAAGUGCCUGCAGAAGCUGAGUACUUUGAACCAAGCGAGGAAGUCAGACCAGAAAUCAAAAGCGUUCCAGCCCCAGAUCUGUCUGGAUUUCAACCUAUACCAUCUCAUGGCGGGUUCAGUGACGAUCAAGAGCCCUGGAAAGCUAUAAUAAAUGAGGAUACAGCUAAAUAUUACGAUCGCGUCAAGGAAGAAUAUCACCAAGAUGAACCACAAGCAACAAUUCGAGUACUCCCCGAGACCUUCUAUCAGCCAAAAGCACUUGCUUCUUUAAAUACAAACUUCAUAUCAUCGCAGCCUGCUUUUGCUGAAGAAAUGGUACCAAGCUACUCACAGCCAAGUAAGGUUCGAGGAAAAUUGCAUACAACCCCAGGUUUAAGAUAUUUCGCAAACAAUAAUAAGCAGAAGAAAUUCAAGCGUGGACAUAAUAAAAGUAUCUUUUCCAAUCAUUUUCCGAGAAAGCCAAGAAUGUUGGGAAGACAUAAAGAAGGACCGCUGUAUUUUGGCAGCAAUUUAAAGGAGCAACGGCAAGCUUCCUCUCGAAUAGUGCAAUCAAUGUUGAAGAGGGAUAAAAUGCAUAUUGUGCCGAAUUACGCAUCUUAUAAUUCCGAUCGUUAUUUAUAAUGAUCUCGUUGAUGUGGCUUUUAAUUUUCUUUUCAAGUUUUUUGAGGAAAAUUGGUGGAAAACAGUA